GGGGUCCAGUUCUCUGUAUCUACAAGCUCUGUUUUAGACCCUGUUCCUGUCAUCUAAUAAACCUCUGUGUUACUGGCUGGCUGAGAGUCACGUCUGACUGCAAAGUGGGGGGGCAGGACCCGGUGGCUUCCCCAGGACCCCACUGAGGCGGGCUUGCUGUGGGAAGCACAUGGAGGGGCAGAGGAUGCUGAAUGCUCCAAGGAGAGACCCAGGAGGUGAAGCCGUGAAGCAAAGCCAGAGUGCAGUGGGACAAAGCCCAGAACAAGACACUACAAGGAGUAACUGGACCUCCUGAAAUUCUUUCAAAGCUCUCUAGUCCCAGCCAAGGGGGAGACCAUCAGCUGCAGUCCCUAUAGCAUCCAUGUGAUUUGCACUGAAUCCACUCAGAACUAUUCAGGGCCCAGGAAUCACAGUGAGAGUUGGUUUGCCUUCUCCAGUCAGAUCAGGCUCCGCAGCCCAGCAUGAAAGGAGCCCGUAGUCACUGAACAGCAAUGAUCCAGACUUGGUGUGAGCCGUGUGUCCUGCCCCCCCUGCAAUAGCUGGAUCGCUGUGUCCUUUCUGACUGCUUUGCCCAUGCGUGUUCCAGAUGACCUUUCCAUCACACCUACCCUCUGGUGCAGCGAAUGCAUGAGACCCUGCUAAGUAAAGCCUCUUCCAUGUGCUUCACUGGCUCUUGCGCAGGCUCGCUGCAGGAGGGAUGCAUGGUGCUGAGGAAUUCCCUCCCUGCCUUGUCUUCUCUCCCUAGCCAGGCAGGGCUGGUGUAAUUGUUGGAGCUGUGGUGCUUACGAUGCCUGUUGUUUCCAUCUCCCAUGGCACUGAUGCAUCCGUGGGGCUUAAAAGGGCUGAUGUGUGUCAGUGGCCUUCUCUCACUCAUCCUGCUCUGGUGCCUGCUGGUCAUGACAGCUGACGUCCAGAAGAGAUGGCAGCUUUCCAGUCGCUUCCCCAUCUUCCAAGGGAAGCUGCCCAGAAGGUCUCGCUUUGGGGCCAUCGAAGCUGUCCAGAGAGGGGUGGACUUUCCAUCUCUGUUCACCAGCUCUCACACAGAUCCUCACUGUGAGCCUGGACAGCUGCUCCUGAUCCUCGUGACUUCAGCCCCAGGGAAUUCAGAGCCCAGGCAAGUGAUCAGGAGAACCUGGGCUGCCCACGAGGGACCGAGAGCACCCCAAUGGCAGUCCGUGUUCUUAGUCGGCCAGUCUGCAGACAUUGGGGUAGCCCAGGGCAUCCAGAGAGAGCAGCAGGAGUUUGGGGACAUCCUGAUUGGGAAUUAUCAGGACACCUAUCGGAACCUCACCCUGAAGGUCAUGCAUGGGUUUAAGUGGGUGGCUGAGCGGUGCCGGCCCAGCUACAUUCUAAAGACGGAUGACGACUGCUUCGUCAACACAGACCGGCUGCCGGAGUUCCUGUUGGAGCACAACACUAUUAAGACGGGCCUGUAUGCAGGAUCCCUCUUCUCCCGGGAGAAGCGGCAGGUCAUCAGAGAGCCUUCCAGCAAAUGGUAUGUCUCCAGGCAAGACUACCACCUAGACGAAUACCCGCCGUAUGCCAGUGGCAUCGGCUACAUCCUGUCUCUGGAUGCCGUUGAGCGGAUCCUGUGGGCAGCAGAACAUGUCCACCCCAUCCCGGUGGAAGAUGCCUACGUGGGCAUCUUGGCUGAGAGGGCUGGGAUCCAGGUGAAAUCCAGCGCGCGCUUCGCCAAGCACAAUGUGAGGUGGCGGGUGUGUAACUACCGCUACCUGAUGGUGAUUCAUCACCUGAGCCCACAUGAGCAGGAGGUGGCCAAGGGGAGCAUGCUGCAGGCUCGGAGUGCCUGCCACGACAGCCUGGAGGUCACCAGGUGGAAGUGAGCCACUGUCUGCCAGGAGGGCUGGCAAGGGACCUGGCAACCUCAUGCCUGUAGCACAGUCUGAGGAGGUUAUACAACUGGUGCUCAGUUUAAUCCCCCCAAGCCCCAUCCCAGGCACUGGGGUGGGAGUCAUGGUCAGCCCCUGCGAUACACUCUUGCCAGGCACCCCAGCUGUCUUACCCUUCCAUUGUUACGGGCUUCCAGAGAGUGAAAUGGCCCUGUCUGGAUUGCCUGGCAGGCAGCAUCUUACUCGCCACAGAAACACGAGGUUGGGGCUGGGAGUCAGGAGCUCUGGAGUGGGAGUCUCAGCUCUGCUACUAACCUCAGGCCAGUAACUGACCGAUCCUGUGCCUCAGUUUCCCCACUUGUAAAGUGGGAAUAACUAUUUGACUCAGCUCCUAGAGCCUGUGGAGAUUAAUUGGUUCAUGUCUGUAGGCAGGGGUGGUGCCAGGGUUUUUGGUGCCCUAGGCAGGGGUUCUUCUGCGCUCCUGGACGGCGGCAGCAAUUCUGUGGCGGGGGGGCGGUCCUUCCGUGCUCCUGGUCUUUGGGGCACUUCAGUGGUGGGUCCUGGAGUGAGUGAGGACCCGCCGCAGAAUUGCCGCCAAAAACCAGGAACAUGGAAGGACCCCCCGCCACCGAAUUGCUGCCGAGAACGGCAAAAUGCCAACCGCGCCCCCCCCCCCCAAAUCCUGGCGCACUAGGCGACCACCUAGUCGCCUAAAUGGAAGCGCCGGCCCUGUCUGUAGGGCUUUGAAAAGUGGUGUGGGAGGGGCCAAACAUCAAUACAGAGGGACUCACGGUCUCGGUAUGUCAUGCCUGCCUGAGGCUCCUGCCAUCCAGAUGCAUCGUGGCAUGUUAGGAUCUGUAGCCCACAGGCUGGCUGCUGGCUGCUUCAGUUGCUGGCCAGUUGCUGACAGCCCUGAGCUGAGCUAAGUUGGAAGGUGCCAGGUCACCAGGACUUGGCUGCCUCUAACACUACAGUGCCCUGGGGCGCAGGGCAUGGUGAGCCUUGCAGCUGACAGGUGGGAGUGGGGCUGGCCUCUGCCUCCGGAAGAGGACUCUCCUUAUGCCCAGUCUCCAGCC